UCUUCAAACAAAAACCAUGAAAUCUCGUCGACCCAGCUGCACUGACUCUGGAUCGGAGUCCUCAGAACCGGACUCCAAGAGCCCAGAGAAGUAUGAGACGGCCACGAGGCGACGGAUGGCGGCCAAUGCCAGAGAAAGGAAGAGGAUGCAGGGUUUGAACACUGCCUUUGAUCGCUUACGUAAAGUGGUCCCGCAGUGGGGCCAGGACAAAAAACUGUCCAAGUACGAAACCCUGCAGAUGGCCCUCAGCUACAUUAUGGCCCUCAACCGGAUCCUGACCGACGCCAGGAGGCACAACGCUCCUCACAGGCAGUGGCUGGACCUGCAGUUUGACUGUGUGCAGCCUGAAAACUACUCCUGCCUCAUGAGGUACGACUCCCCGACCGGACAGGAGUAUAUCCACUCGUCCUUCUCCUAUGAGUUUGAUGGACAUCAGGUCCACGCAUAAACUGCCGCCAUUUGUUAAUCAGUCAUGUGGUUGGGUGUGAGUGACUGCGAAUAUUCUUCCUCCAAUCUAGGAGACAGUAAAUACAUUUGUAUUGCAUUAUUUUCCUUUUGUAUUUAUCUAGUAUUGGUAUGACAAUCAAAAAAGCUUCUAUUCAAGUUUGAAGUCUAAUUUAUUGUUUGCUAGGUAACCCAGCAAUGUUGAGCAUCUUUUUGUUCAAAGAAUAGCAAUGAAAGAAAUGUAGUGUCAUUAUAAUGACCAUUAGAUUGUACUGAAGAUACAGGCAAUGCUGUAAGUUUUAUCAGUUAUUUUGAUAUGGCCCUAAAAUGUUGUGCAAUGUUCAAUGGAUUCUGAGAAAAUCAUUGUGGUCUUAGUUAAAGUCAAUAUGUAACUAUUCUGUCAAAGUGUACAUGUUUGUAGAGUUGAAAAAUAUUAUGUUAUUUUUCACAC